CUCCAGGUGGGACCCCCGCCGGCGCGCUGGGCGGCAGGAGGAGGGGCCGGCCGCCAGCGCCGCCCUCCAUCUAUCACAUGGCCGGGGCGCCACCAAAACAACAGCUUCGGCCGCGGCGGGGAUCAGGGCCGGGAAGCCGGGUCCGGGCCGCCGCCCCCGGCCAUGGAGGACGGGUUCCUCGAAUCCUUCGGGAGGCUGAGCCUCCAGCCGCCGCGGCCGCGGCCGCCGGCCCCGCCGCCCCCGCGCGGGCCGCCCCCGCGCCGCCCCGGCUUCCGGAAGCACCUCUACCUGCUGCGCGGCCUCCCGGGCUCCGGCAAGACCACGCUGGCCAGACAAUUGCAACACGACUUUCCCAGGGCCCUGAUUUUCAGCACGGACGACUUUUUCUUCAGGGAAGAUGGCACCUAUGAGUUCAAUCCAGACUUCCUAGAGGAGGCUCAUGAGUGGAACCAGAAAAGAGCAAGAAAAGCAAUGAGGAAUGGCAUAACCCCCAUUAUUAUUGAUAAUACCAACCUCCACGCCUGGGAAAUGAAGCCCUAUGCAGUCAUGGCACUUGAAAAUAACUAUGAAGUAAUAUUCCGAGAACCCGAGACUCGCUGGAAAUUCAACGUUCAAGAGUUAGCCAGAAGAAACAUUCAUGGAGUCCCAAGAGAAAAAAUACACCGAAUGAAAGAACGAUAUGAACACGGUGUUACCUUCCACAGUGUGCUCCGCGCAGAAAAGCCAAGCAGAGUGAACAGAAGCCAGGACAGGAGCGGAGCACCGCCUUCCAGUGGGGCGGGACCCUGGAGCACCUGCGCGGGGUUCCCGCGGAGCCGCGGGCGCGUUGCCCAGGAGAGCGCCUUCACCAGGAGGGGCGGCUGCCACAGUGGGUGUUAGAGGCUGCGCUUACAGGCAGCGUUUUCCUAAAUCAGUUUUUACUUCCAUUUUCGGUAUUUAUUCUUUGUUCGGUUUUAGUCAGAGUCCUAAUUCCAGUGUAAAUAGUUGAACCUGAAUGUUUUUGAGCAGAAGUCAUCAUAUUCAUCUUCAUCAGACAUUUGUUAGUGAUGCUCUAUGCAUGGCCUGAUGCUGGGAGUUCUGCAGGUUUGGUUAGACCAAGUCACUCUCUCUAGGGAAACAAUUAAUUUGAAGAUGAAACCUGAGAAACAUACCCAAGAAUGUAAUCAAUUAGUCACAUAGGUUCAUAAAGUGUUUACAGUAAAUAUAAGCUUCAAUACCACUUUCUCUGAAGUAAUCUAUUUUUUCAGGAAUUCAUCUCUAUCAGGAAAGUUGGAAAGAUGGGAGAAAAGAUGAGAGGCAGGAAAAAUUUUAGUACCAUUGCUACUUUUUAAAUCUAUGUAUCCAAAAAUGUGAAAUAUAUGGCUGUAAUGAUGAAACUGAUUUUCCUUUAAAAAGAAUAUACUAAAAAGUAUACAUAUAAAGGAAUACUUUCCUUCAAAGUAGACACUUUGGGAAAUUAUUCCUUUAUUCUAAUGACAUGUCAUUGUUAAAAAUGUCAAAUCCUUCUUAAUACCUAUACCAGCUACUGAGGAAAAUCAGUGUCAUUAUUUGAAGUCAACUGUUUAUAGUUUUAUGUUUUAACUACCACUGUAUUGAACAGUAUUAAAUCUGAAUAACUUUUGGCUGAUGUGCUAAUAAAUAAAACAAGCCUUCUUUAUAAAACAUCAAUUUUUAAGAUGAAUCAUUAAGCAACUUUUAAAAUUUUGCUUAUAAGUGUAAUUAGUGGGCAGCCCCAGUGUUUGGGAGUACAAGAAAUUAAGCAUCCCAGGAACAGGUCACAGAGGGAUAGGUGAGCCAUGUUGGUGUUUUAUGACAUCAAGACAA